AUGGAUUUGGAUAGCCUGCUUAAAUUAGAGUUGUUAGCCGUAGCUGAAGAGCUCGGUUUAGAUGAAAGCAAGGCAAUGCGAAAGCCAGACAUAGUCAAAACAAUUUUGGGCUGCGGAGCCGGGGAUGACGAAAUUGCCGAAGCUGUCGAUGAGGCAAAGAAACGACGCCUAGAGGAAGAAAGAGACGAGCAACUAAAACAACAGCAACUCGAACAGCUAAAGCUGACUUUGGAAAUGACCGCUGUUGGAGUCGCGAAAGCAGUUAACUAUGACAUGAGAAGUUUUCUUCAGCCCUUUUCUGUUGGGAGCGAGUUGGGAUUCUUCUUAACCAACUUCGAGCGCACAUGUGUCAGGAUGGAUUUCGAAGAGUCGUCUUGGCGUCAGAGGCUUCUGAGCGUGUUGCCGGCCGAAGCAGCUGAUGUACUGGCAAGGUUACUGCCAGAAGAGACCGAAAAUUACGCGGUAGUGAAGGGUGCUUUGUUGAGAAAAUAUAAGCUGUCACCCGAAGCUUUCCGUUUGAAAUUUCAAGAAGCCACGAAAGGCCCACAAGAGAGCUACUCGGAGUUCGCAUAUAAGCUAGGUAGUUUUCUGGAAAACUGGCUCAAAGGAGCUCGGGCGUAUGAGGACAAAGCGAAGAUGUUUGAGCAAUUUUGCUUAGAGCAGUUCUAUCGUACGUUGCCUGAAAAGCUCAGAGAAUGGUUUCAGGAUCGACCAGACGUAGGAACAGUGCGAAAAGCAGCAGAAUAUGCAGAUGAGUACUGUGCAAAGAGGGGAUCAAGUUGCGACCUAGGGAAGACUGACCGGCCUCCGGGGGCUUCGUUUGGGGGAACUAAAGGAUGGCGCUCGUCGGAAAAGAACGCGAACAAGCCAGUUCCUAAAGACGAGUCCCCCGAAACACGCAUGAAGAAGUCGUUCGAAGCACGGAAGCAAAUAGUAUGCUUCCGGUGCCAAAAGCCAGGACACGUGGCUGCUGGAUGUCGUGUCCCAAAGGUCUCCCCAGUCCAGCUCGUUCUCGAAAAGGAUGAAGACGUGUUAGGUCCAUACCUUUACGACAUGGACGUAAACGGUAAGACUUGCAAGGUCUUACGGGACACCGGUGCGACCUACGGCGUCGUGCACACCCUUCUUUCGUGA